GCGAGGAUAUUAGCAGGAGUUUCAUUUUAUGUAGCCUUAGCAAAUUAAACACGUUUCCUUCCACUCUUGUGUGCUAAUUGUUUUUUUAAUCAAGAUGUUUAUUAAAUGCUUUUCUUUUUAAUAACAGCAUGUAACCACCUAGUGGGUUCUUUUUGCCUGCUGUCUAGACAGAGCCAAUAUCAAGACGGGAACUGCAAUAGAGAAAGAGUUAAAUUCACCCAGAGCUGGCUCUGCAGGAGACUUGAGUUUUAUUAGUACUCAAAUCAGUCUCCCUGAAAGCUUGCGGAUAGGGGGUUUUAAGCAUAAUUUGGUGGAUAGGGGCGUUAGCAAGUAGGGAGCACUGAUUGGUCAGAUUGGAGAUGAAAUCAUAGGGAGUCGAAGCUAUUCUCUUGUGCUGUGUUAGUUUCUGGGUGUCGAGGCCACAAGACCAAAUGAACCAGUUAACUGAUCUGGGUGGUGCCAACUGAUCCAUCAGGUACAGGGUCUGAAAAUAUUUCAAGCACUGAUAUUAGGUUUUACAACAGUGAAGUUAUCUCCAGGGGCAAUUUGGGGAGGUUCAUAAUCUUGUCGCCUCUAGCUGCUUGACUCCUAAACCUUGACUCUCCCAUGCCUCCUCCCUCCCCAACAAAAGCAUAAGAGGAAAAUCUAACCACCUAGUCAAAGAUCAUCAAUAAACAGUUCCUAGAAAACAAAACAGCUGGGGAAAGAAAAGACUCUGAACAUAUGCAAGGAUGCUCAACUCACCCAUGAAAAGAUAAAGAAACAGACUGAUAACGGGUCCUUUGUGUUGGAAGGAUGGAGAUGCUUGACUCUUGUGGCUAAUUCAUUUAGUCCUGCAUAGGCAGUCUAGUCUCCAGGCAGGAAGGGGGUUUGUUUUGGGAAAGGGCUGUUACCAUCUUUGUUUCAAAAUUAAACUAUAAACUAAAUUCCUCCCAAAGUUAGUUUAGCCUAUGCCCAGGAAUGAACAAGAACAGCUUGGAGGUUAGAAGCAAGAUGGAGUGAGUUAGGUCAGAUCUCUUUCACUGUCAGAAUUUUCUCAGUUAUAAUUUUUGCAAAGGCAGCUUCAAGCAGGGAGGAUUUCCAUGGUUUUCCUCUUUGAUCUGUUAAUACGGUAAAUUAUAUCAAUAUAUUUUUCCUAUGGAAACCUCCUCACAGUGGUGGACUUUAGCCAGAUUUUAGGCUACCUGACACCUUCAGGGAAGCUUAAACUUUCUCUCUGAAGUUUUGAUAAUUGAGUCUGCUGAAACAGACUGACACAGAUUAACAGGAGAAGAGGCAUACAAAUAUAUUAGCAUGCAAGCACAUGGGAAUCAUACAAGUAUGAAACUCAAAGAAAAGUCAGACAGUGGAAGCUUAAAUACCCUCUUCAUAUGGGAGAGGAAAGUGGAGGAUGUAGACAAUUUUAGAGGAAGAGUAAAUGAUUUUUAAGAACGAUGAAUGAGCCUGAAGCACAAACAAUAGCUGAAGGCAAAGUUCUUCUAGGCUCCAGGAGGGCUGGUGGCUGUAGGAAGGUGAGGGGUGGAAAUGCAUUGCAAACAAAGGUCGUCUUCUUAGGCAGAUAAAGUCUCUUGGUGACACCCCUCAGAACAGAUGAAAAGUCUGCUUAUGCAGAUGAUCUUUAAUUUCUUCUUCAGUGAGUAUCCCUUUUAAAUUUGAUUUCAAACAGUGGAUUGAAGGCAAUUGUGUUUCUUUAAAAAAAAACUUCCCUCAGUCAGAUAAAGGAACCUCAGAGAGUUCCUUCCUGCACUUGCAGGGAGAAACAAGGGAAGAUCAGAGACCUUGAUUCUGAGGCAGUUUGGGAGGCCUUGUGAUAGUCUUUCAUUCAAGGUGCUUGGUGCGCUGAAUAGCAAUACUUUGGGAGUGUUGUUUCCUAAGCCCAACACACCUGAGCCCUUUCCCCAUGUCUGGGGACUCCCCUUCUUACCUAUCUGGGUGGGAAACAGCCUGCCUCUAAUUAUAGAACUGAAAAUACCAGUUUCUCACUUUCCCAGCUCCCUUGGCUGCUGGGACAGACAUGUGACCAGGUUUAACCAAUCAAAUUUACAUGCUGAGAACUUUCAGUCUAUAGCUUGGGAUCCAGAGAACAAGGAUGGCAUGCCCUGUGCUGGUGCUGGGAUCCUCAGCAGGCUGAUUCUGUGGUUUUGUUAUCAGGAUGAUGCUGACCUCAUAGAAUGAGCUGGGGAGGAGUCUCUCUCCCUCAAUUUUUUGGGAAUUGUUUCCGUAGGAAUGCCACACGCUCUUCGUUUUACAUCUUAUAGAAUUCAGCUGUGGAUCCUUCUUGUCCUGUGCUUUAUUUGGUUGAAAUUUGGUCCAGAUGAAGAUGCACUAGAGAGAGAGAGGCAGCGGAAGCUGCUUCUUGCACAACUGUGUCACAAAAAAAGGGUGAAGGCGGCUGGGCAGAUCCAGGCCUGGUGGCGUGGGGUCCUGGUGCGCAGGACCCUGCUGGUCGCUGCCCUCAGGGCCUGGAUGAUUCAGUGCUGGUGGAGGACGUUGGUGCAGAGGCGGAUCCGUCAGCGGCAGCAGGCCCUGUUGAGGACCUAUGUCAUCCAGGAGCAAGCAGCUGUCAAGCUCCAGGCCUGCAUCCGCAUGUGGCAGUGCCGGCAACGUUACUGCCAAAUGUGCAACGCUCUCUGCCUGUUCCAGGUUCCAGAGGGGAGCCUUGCCUUCCAGACUGAUGGUUUUUUACAGGUCCAGUGUGCAAUCCCUUCAAAGCAUCCAGAGUUCCACAUUGAAAUCCUAUCAAUCUGAAAGGCCUGGGGCAUGGAGAACAGGUUCCACUGCCCCAAUAAAUGUCUGACCAGGU